AUGUCCAAUGGCUUCAUCAAGUUCGACCCGACGUUGGUCGACGAGGACAGGGGCCAGGAUCUCUUGAUCCUGUGCACCGUCUUCUCCAUCCUCAUUGUCCUGUCGACCGGGUCGCGAGUCGUCAUGAAGCUCGUCACAAAAGUCGGGCUCGGGACUGCAGACUACUUUAUCAUCAUCGCGUUGGCAUUCAACUUGACGGCCAAUAUCCUCGAGAUCCAGGCCGUGCAGCACGGUUUCGGACGCCAUUUGCAAUUCAUCGACCGGCCGCACGUGCUGACGCUCAAGAGACUCAGCCAGUACAACAUCCUCUUUGCCAACAUCUCGCUGUGGGCCGUCAAGAUUUCCAUUUGCUUCUUUAUUCUGGCCAUUGUGCAAAACGUCCACCGGCGCACCAAAUGGGUCAUCUACGGCCUCAUUGCCAUUACCACGACGGCGAGCACCUGCCAGGGCAUCCUCUGGGGUCUGCAGGCCAAGCCGCUGCGCAAGCUCUGGGAGCCCGACAUUCCCGGCGAGGUGGCGAGCAUCAGCACGCUGGUGCACUCCAUCAUUGCCUUUACCGCCAUCAACAGCCUCACGGACCUGUUCUACGCCGUCGCGCCCGUCUACUUCUUCGGCCGGCUGCAGAUGAGUCUAGCCAGAAGACUGGUCGUCAUCGGCCUGACAGGAUCAGGACUGUUUGUCUUUGCCUCGUCCAUUAUCCGCGUCGCCUUCGAUGGCGACUUUUACAACCCCGACUUUACAUGGGCCCUCUACCGCGUGUACCUAUGCACCGUCAUUGAGCGCAACAUGGCCGAGGUCAUUGCCGACCUGCCUGCCUCCUUUACCCUGCUGCGCGGCGUGCAAAAGAAGACGCAGACGCUCCUGUCGCGCGGCACCCGUAACUCGACCAAGGUGUCCAACAUGAGCGGCCACUCGGCCGGCGACAAGAGCUUUCAUGCCCGGGCGUCGUCCAAGCGCGGUGCCCAGUAUAGCAACUUGUAG